AUGGUAUCAGACGACGCGUUCGAUCCGCGCCGCCCCGCUUCCGCCUCCUUUGCUGCCGCCGCGUCGGCCUCUCCUGCUGCGCCGCCGUCCUCGUCCCUUGCGACGGUGUCGCCCUUCAUGGCGUCCGCGCCCCUGGCUUGGGCCUACCCUGCCGCCCGAUCCCCUGCUGCUCCUGCAGCCGCCAACCCUGCACCUGUGCCAUCUGCAGGUCCAACCCCGGGGGAGGUGCCGUCUUCCUCGACUGCGGCCAAUGGCCGGCCUCCGCCCUACGACAGCUCUCCUGCUCAGGAGCCCUAUCGCGGCGGGCCGUAUCCAGCGCCCUACGUCGCGCCCCGCUCCGCGCCCUACGUCGCGCCCACGGCAGCGCCCUACGUCGCGCCUCAUGCAGCGCCCUACGCUGCAGCUUCGGCAGCGUCCUAUGGCGCGUAUCCUGGCGCUUCCUAUGAGGCCUAUGGUGCGAUGCCCUCUCGUCCUACAGCGUCCCAUGGUGUGAUCUCGCCGGCAAACUAUGGCUAUCAUCAACUGCAACAGUACCGUGGCCCGCCUCCUAGCGAGGUGCCGAUGCCAUACGGUGCUCCUCCACCUUAUGAAGCAGUGCCGGCCGCACCACCUGCUGAUCAAGGACCGUUCCACUUUGCCCAUCUGGUGACGGUGAAACUAUCUGCGGACAAUUACUUGUUGUGGCGUGCUCAGGUGUUACCUUUGAUGCGUAGUCAUUAUUUGGAAGGAUAUGUUGAUGGUACGCUGUUGUGUCCGCCGGCCAUGGUUCUGAUGCUUUCGGCCUCUGGUGGUGAAAUUAUGGUGCCCAAUCCGGCUCAUCGAUGA